AUGAAGGAGAAGGUUUGGGCAAAUUUUCUGUUGAUGCCGCCGAAGCGAGUCAUAACCCAGAGUCAUACUGAGGAUCUUCUUCAAGAGGCCAAACAGGAUCGAGCUCUCUCGUCGGACAAGGAUGAGAUAUACUACAUGAAGAAGAAGAAGAACAGCCCACGUUCGAGGGGUAAUAUGAACCAACACCCAUCCAACCCAUCAACCAGCCCCUCAGCCGCCACCCUGGCUGUUCCACUCCCACAGCCCGGACCUGUCACUGCUGAGACAGUUCCCUGCACGAGCCAGCCCAUCUCUACAAUAUUCGUUGACGUGAGUGCUCAAACUCAAAGCGCCCCAGUUGAGUCCACGCCGUCUCUCACAUGCUCUCAGCCCAAAUCAACAGCUACCGCAGUACCUGCCACAGCUGCUACACCAGGGCUGCAGAAGACUGACCGCGUCUACAAGACACACAUGAAGUUGUCAUUUUCAGAGUCCUAUCUCCAAGACCAGCAUGAGAAGAUGUCAUUGCAAAACAAGAACUUGAAUGCCAAGAAGAUAGAAGAGGAAGUCUCCGAGAAGGUUCAAAUUGUCAUUUGGAAUACAAGGGUGCAGGCACAGAACGUGAAGGGACAGCCUCAUCUAGUCAGCUAUUCUGUGCCUCCUGGUAACGUUUGCACCGAUGGAGAGCUAGCCAUCAAAAUUAAUGCCAAGCUCCUCAAGGCUUGGGAGAUAGAUCAGCCUCCGGUCGGCUAUCCGGCCGCUCUCUCAUACCAAUGGUACGAUUGCACGGCUAACAACAGGCAGGGCAGCUAG